AUGCACAAGCCAGUGUGGGAUCUGUGCAGCGAGAACGAAGAAUGUGACUUUGCGGAGAGCCAGGGCUGGGCUCUUCCGAGCGCGACGAAGCCGAAUGCCCACUUCUGGUGUGCUUUGAUGAGCAAUCAGCGCAUCAGAGCAACAACGACAGCGGUCCGGCGUCACCGACUUCAACCCCGACUUCAACGGAUAGAACGUCGCUCGCCAGCUUUGGGGCUACAGUACACUGAAGCUCGCACAAGACGCACGCAGCUUGUCGCACUACGGCGUUCAUCCAGAAAUCGUCGCCAUCGUAUGAUCGCCGAAAGUGGACAGAUGACAAACAGUGCAAGUCCCAACUUUUUAUGA